AUGAAGACAAAUAACAGCUCGUAUGGAACAACUAAAUCAAUAGUCCUUGACUACCUUAGACACUAUAGGUUUUUUCAGAACUUUAUAGUUAGGCUACUUUGCUUGCCUGCUUUUUAUUUCAACUGUUUUUCUUUUCAGCUGAAGGAUAGAGCACUUUCAGUUAGUACUUUUGAGGAGUUUGAGGUGCGAAGCGAGGCACUAAAAGCGAUCGACGAGAAGAGACAAGAGGUACUGGAAAUAAUAGAGGACAAAAAACAAGAUGCUAUUGGCGUUAUUGAAGAAAAGAAAGAGGUUGAUAGGCUUACUACACAAUAUAACCAGAUAAAGGAAAGUUUAGACAACUUCAUGUCAUCAACGUCAAGUGACAUACAAAGUUUAAACAGUCGACAAGAUGAUCUUGUAGAAAGUUUGGAAGGUGUAAAAGGAGUGCAACAGGGGGUUGGAAGAAGAUUAGCCGAUUUAGAAUCUUUAGAGAAGAUGCGUAAACUAAAAUAUCAUGUGCUUAAAAAACGUGCAGAUUUUAAGGCUGACCUCGUGGCUUUCUACAGACAAAAUCAUGGUACGCUACCGCUUGCACCACUGGUUAAGGAAUAUGAUGCCCCGAUACUUGACUUUUACGUUAAACCAUCGUUUAAGCUAGCUGACCAUAUGGUGGAAGAAAACAGCGAUCAAAAUAAAUCGAUUCCUUUUCAUUCUUACCGAAAGAUUUUCUUCGAGGAAACACGACAAUGCAAACAUAUUUACAUAACUUCACCAGCGGGGAUGGGCAAAACAUCAUUUGUGAACCAUCUUGUUAUGACAUGGUGUCAUGCACACCAACCAAGAAAGGAAGAUGAGAAACAUUUUGAAGAAUAUAGAGACGAUGUGGAGUUGAUGAAAAGCUUUGAAUUCAUUUUUCUUCUUGCGUUAAGAGAUGCACCCGAGGAGGAUUGUGAAGUUGACGCAAUGAUACAAAACCAAAUCAUGAUAGAUCUAACAAACAGUCAUUGUUACGAUGAAAAUUUCCUGAAAGAAAUACUAGCAAAAGAAACAUGCCUCAUUAUCCUAGACGGACUGGAUGAAUGGUCUCAUCCUGUGACGAAAACCGUGGCAUGUCGAUGUCAGAAAAACAAGUCAAUACCCCGUCUGAUUGUUAGGGAAAAUUGCACAGUUUUGACAACAACGCGACCUUGGAAGCUUACCAAAGCCGGUAUAAGUGAUGCUAGCAUAGAUAAACACGUAGAAAUGACGGAAAUGUCGGUUUCAUCUUAUGACAAACUGGUAGACGAUGUUCUUAGCUUCAUGAAUGCUAGAUAUAACAAAAAUAAACAACCGAAAGAUUUCAAGGAUGAAAUAUUAAAAACAGAUCUCAAUAAGCUUGAAAGAAUACCAUUGGUACUUAUGCAGCUUCUAUGCCUUUGGUUUGAUGGCAAGCCGGUUGGGAGUUCGCGAUGCGCAAUAUUUGCAAACAUGUUAGAAUUACUUUUUAGACGUGUUGAAUCAACAGAUGCUGAAAUAAUGGAAAGCGAUAGGACAGACGUUGCUACAGGUAAAACAAUACCGACAUGUUUCAUUGGUAAUCAUCACUGCAUGGGAAAGUAUGUUUUGUUACGCUCAUUAGGUGCAAUGUCGUUUGAUGCACUUUUUUCCGACAAAGAAAAUCCUCAUCUUGUGUUUGAUAAUGAUAUUACGUUAAACUAUUUGUCAAAAAGUGAACUGCAGUUUUGCUUGAAGGCCGGAAUACUAACACAGAGUAGAUCUCGCGCCACAGUGUCAGCGAGACAGUCAAAGACGUGGUUCAUUCACAAGACGUAUCAGGAAUUUUUGGCUGCUCUGUACAUAUCCACAAGUACAGAAAUGGCUGAAAAAUUGUCCAAACAACUGUUUACGGCGUUAAAUUCACUGCAGGAUUUCAUAGACAUGUCGUUUUUCUUCGUAUUUUUAUACGGUUUAUGCCCAGCUGAUAUAUGUGUUGGCAUUUCAGAAAAAAUCGAAUUUGUUGUUGAACGCACAGAAGAGAUUCAAAUACACAGAACAUCAUUGAAAUCUGCAUACUUACACUCUUCUGUGGGACCCCGUUGUAUGCGUUUAGUUUACUUCCUGGUUGAAUGUGCAAGUGAGAGAAAAGACAAUAAUUCACACCUUGGGAUUAUACCACUGAAAGACUUUUUCCUUCUGGAGGAUGUCCGGUUAAUGGAUACAGUCAAUGAAAUUAUUAAAUCGAAAAUGUACUGCAUUAAGUCAAUAUUCUGGGUAACUCAAGCAUUCCUGGAUUCAAUCGACGUUAAUAACAUACAUUCUGUACAAAAUAUAGCACUUUCUGCAGAUGUCAAUGCGGACAGUGUCCGCACGAUAAUUAUCAAACUCUCUUGCCACGUUAAACGCGAUUGAAAUGCCAGCAUCUUGUUUAGGUGUAGCGUUUGAUAUGUUGAAGAAGGUAGUACACCUUCAGGCUUUAGACCUGUAUCAGUCGACACUACCUCACGAUGAACUUUUCCAACUUUAUUCCUGGAUUUCUCAAUCAACAAAAUUAAAGCAAAUUGAGCUGUCCAGUUUAAUUUGCUGUGACCACAGUUCAAACAGAAGCAGCUGUUGCGACCUCUUGAUUGAUUUGUCUCUACAUGAACAGUUGGAGUUCCUCAAAUUAGAAUUGUUGGACGUCGAUACAGUUGUAAUUUGCCGAGCAGUCCCCAAAACAUGUAAUUUAAAAAGACUGAAGACCAAGACCUCAGUUUAUAUAUCUUUAAGAUGACAACAAAACUAAUUACUACAUGUACUCGGUAUCUCGAAUUUUAAGGGACCAUGCUUUUUCAGUUCGAGAUAAUCGAAAUUCGAGUUAUGAUAAGGGACGUAUAUGUACGAAAUGAUGAAAAAAGUUGGUUCCAACAUCUUUUUAAAGCUCCUGCUAUUGGGCACGCGUACACGAUUUCAUACAGUUUAUUUUUAUCAACGUUUUCAGUUUUUCAACGAAUAAAAACUUUUGAGUCAAAGUU